AUGACAGGAAAAUAUCAAUUAAUUUCUGUUACCAAUUUUGAAGAACCACAGCCAAAAUUGAUGGCAGAAAUCAAGCUUGAAGAACCACUUCAUAGCUGGACAGUGAUCCCACCUCAAUUCACCCUCAGUCGUCAUGUGGAAGUACUGAUGGCAACAGGGAGUACAAUUCUAGUCGUCGAUAGCUCAGAAGUAAUAGAUCAACAUUUAAAUCAAGGACCUUUUACAAAACUAGUCGUAUCACCUAAUGGCAAAUUCUUAGCCCUCUUUACGUCGGAUGGCCGACUUUGGGUAGUUUCUACUGAUUUUCAAAAGAAUCUUUCAGAAUAUGCAACUAAAUCAAAGAUUCCUCCACAACAGUUAGUUUGGUGUGGUACAGAUUCUGUUGUUCUUUAUUGGGAUAAAAUUGUUUUAAUGGUAGGUCCUUUUGGUGACUGGAUUAAAUACACUUAUGAGGAUCCCAUUUAUCUUGCUUCUGAAAUUGAUGGUGUACGUAUUAUUAGUAACGAUAAAUGCGAGUUAUUGCAGAAAGUUCCAGCUUCUACGGAAAAUAUUUUUAAAAUAGGCUCUACUGAGCCAGCAGCUAUGCUAUUUGAUGCCUUGGAUCAUUAUGAACGUAAAAGUCCAAAGGCAGAUGAAAAUAUUCGUAGCAUUAAAACAGAGUUAAUUGAUGCAGUUGAUAGUUGUAUUGAAGCAGCAGGUUUUGAAUUUAAUCAUUUUUAUCAACGGGCUUUAUUAAAGGCAGCUUCGUUUGGCAAAUGCUUUUUAGAAAAUUAUAAUGCCAACAAUUUUGUUGAUAUGGCACAAUCCAUACGUGUUUUAAAUGCAGUACGUUAUUAUGAUAUUGGAAUUCCAAUUACCUAUACACAAUAUAAACGUCUUGGUCCUAAUGCUCUUAUAAAUCGUUUAAUGAAUCGUAAUCAUCAUUUAUUAGCUAUACGUAUUGCAGAAUACCUUCAACUUCGCACAGAUAAAAUUCUAAUUCACUGGGCUUGCGAAAAAAUUAAAUCCUCUGCAGAGGAUGAAGAAACACUCUGUAGGACAAUUGUAGAUAAACUAGCAAAAAAAUCUGGAUUAUCUUAUGCAGAAAUUGCGAAAACGGCACAUAACGCAGGACAGACUCGAUUAGCAACAAAGUUGUUGGAUUAUGAACCAAGAGCUGCAGAUCAAGUGCCUCUAUUGAUAUCAAUGCAAGAAGAUGAAACGGCAUUAAUAAAAGCGAUUGAAAGUGGAGAUACUGAUUUAGUAUAUCUUGUUAUAUUCCAUUUGAAACGUAAAUUACCUCUAGGUGAAUUCUUUAGAAUGAUUAAUAAUAAACCUGUGGCCUGUAAUCUUCUUGAAGUUUAUUGUAAAGAACAAGAUACUGAACUUCUUAAAGAUUUUUAUUAUCAAGACGAUCGAAGAAUUGAUAGUGCUAAUAUUAUAGUGUCGGAAGCGUUUUCAGAAAUGGAUAUUGCUGAACGUAUCAAGAAACUUAAAAUAGCAGGCAAAACCUAUAGUGAUCAUCGUGACCGAGUAUUUGAAGCAAAGGCCGUAGAUGAAGCAAUCAAAUUACUUCACUUCCAAACAGCUCUUGAAAAGGAAACCCAGCAAUCUUUCACAGGCCUUUCUAUUAGUGAGACGAUUUAUAAAUGCACUACACUUGGUCUUCAUAAUAAAACAUCGAAAAUCAGAACAGAUUUCAAAAUACCAGACAAAAGAUUUUGGUGGGUUAAAUUAAGGGCAUUAGUUGAAGCAAGAGACUGGGAAAAUCUUGAAAAGCUUGCUAAAAGUAAGAAAUCCCCUAUUGGCUAUGAGAUUGGUGCCUUUAAAGAAGCAGGAGAACAAGCCUUUUUGAAUAAAGAUGUAGAAGGAUUAAGAGAGGUGCGAGCAAAGUGUACAAAUCAUAUAGUAGCUCAAGAACUGGAUUCACUGCUUGCACAACUUAAUGCUAAAUAA